AUAUGAAUUUUUACAGAAUUUGUACCUGAUGUUGGCACCCUUUGCAUGGAAGUGAAGAAAGUGUUAUGCCUCCAAAAGAAAAAAUAUGGUAUAAGCUUCAGGCCCUAUACAACUGAAUCUACUACCAGUGGCGAGGUGGAAUCAGUGGAAGGUUGUCGGCAAGGGGGUUUGCGAAUUAAAAAGAUGGUGAGUUCAAAUUGGAGUUGGUGCUGGAUGAGAGCAUCAGAGGACAGGCACAAGAAGAGAUGAAGAGCAGAUUUGGUGGGACUGAGAAAGCAAAGAGGAGUCAGUGUGUGAGGCUGUGAAGACAAGGAAUCCUGGGUGAUCAGUCAGUGCAUUUUUACUGAGUUCUUGGCUAUUUUCCAGCUGCUGAGGAUACAGGGGUGUGCAAAGCAGGCAGAUAGUCCUCCGGGAACUCACAGUUGAGGAAAAAGGAACCCACGUACUGGAGCCUGGACUUCUCAAGAGGGGCGCCUUCAAGGGUGGAGGAAAGCUCAGGGCCUGGAAUGUGGGGUGCAAGGAGGGGUCUGGAAAGGCAGACAGGCUGGAUCUCAGGGGACCUUAUAGGAGUUUGGACUUUUAUCAUGAGGACAGAGGAGGACUGUUAGAUGGUUUUAAGCAAGGGGUGAUCAGAUUUGUGCUUUAGAAAGACCGCCCUGUGUAUACCAGCAAGAAACUUCUGCACAUGCAGGAGUGUGUACAACACUUGCUUUGCUAGUUGUGGAGUUGAAUGUGGCAAACUCGAGCUUCAUGUGUCUGUGUGGAUAAACGUCAUAAACUUAAUAUUGAGCUUUUAAAAGAGCAAGUUGCAAAAGGUAUAUACAGUACAAUACUACUUGUAUGAAGCUUGUGAAAACAUCCAUAUAUUAUGUUAUUGUUUAUAGGCACACUGGUGGUGAAAAUAAAAAGCAUGUGUGGGAAUUAUAUACGUCAGUGGUUCUUGGACUCGAGCAUGCUUCUGAAUCACCUGGAAGACUUGUUAAAACACAGAUUUCUGGGCUUCACUUCAGUUUCUGAUGCAAUCGGUCUGGAGUGAGGACUCAAGGACUCACAUUUCUAGGUGAUGCUGCUGUAGGUCCUGGGACCACAGUUUGAGAACUCUGAUGUACAUCAACUUGUGGAUGGAAAGAAAAAAUCCUGAUUGCUGUUUGGAAAAUGGACUGGAAAAGAGAAAGAAGUGGGAGUCCAUGUAGAAAACUGUUGGCAGAAGCCCAGAGCACCUUGUGAGAAUCAGGUACUGGUGGAAGAAGCUCAAGAGACUGUGAGGCCUGAGUGGUCAAAGUCGUCAUUGUUCCAGUUGAAAUCCAUGAAGACAGGAGGGGAUGGGCCAGGGGGAAAGAUGCGGGCCUGGAGUCUUUAUGAGAAAGUUGGCUUGAUCCAUGUCUGGUGUCCCAGCUCUAUGAAUGGCAAGUGGAUUUUACUUUCUCCAGGAGAAGAGUAUUUUCAAACCAGUGCCUGGGGCCAACCAGAACGCUGAGUGACCCAGGUGUCUGGGUGGAAACCUGAGCUGGGAGAAGGAAGACGCCCGUGGAAGGAAAUUACAGGGGAUAACAGUAUGGAAAAGAAAGCCCAGGACAGCAGAAAAGGUGCCCCCCACAGAGCAGUGCCCCCAGCUGUGGGGCUGCUCUUCUCCAUGGCCCUCAUGAACACGCUCCUCUACUUCUCCCUUGAUUGGUUUUUCAUCUCCCGUCCACGCUCUGCUCCCAGCUCUGCUCACUGUCCCCAUGGACACUUCAGAAUGGGACAGAUGAAAAACUGUUCACCGUGGCUGUCCUGCGAGGAGCUGAGGACCGAAGUGAGGCAGUUGAAGCGUGUUGGAGAAGGAGCUGUGAAGAGAGUCUUUCUGUCUGAGUGGAAGGAACGCAAAGUCGCGCUGUCACGGCUCACCAGUCUGGAGAUGAAAGAUGAUUUCCUGCAUGGGCUGCGGAUGCUGAAAACCCUGCAGAGUAAACAUGUUGUCACCUUGCUUGGAUACUGUGAGGAGGACAACACGAUUCUUACCGAAUAUCACCCCUUAGGUUCCUUGAGCAAUCUGGAAGAAACGCUCAACCUUUCCAAGUACCACAGUGUGAACACGUGGCAGCACAGGCUGCAGCUGGCCAUGAAUUACGUGGCCAUCAUCCACUACCUGCACCACAGCCCCCUGGGUACCCUGGUCAUGUGCGAUUCCAGUGACCUGCCCAAGACCUUGUCCCAGUAUCUGCUGACGAGCAACUUCAGCAUUGUGGUAAACGACCUGGACGCCUUGCCCCUGGUGAACCACAGCUCAAGGACGUUUGUGAAGUGUGGCCACAGGGAGCUUCACGGGGACUUUGUGGCUCCAGAGCAGCUGUGGCCCUACGGAGAAGACAUGCCUUUUGACGAUGAUCUCAUGCCGUCAUAUGAUGAGAAGAUCGACAUCUGGAAGAUUCCAGAUGUCUCUAGUUUCCUUUUGGGGCACGUUGAAGGAAGUGAUAUGGUCCGAUUUCAUUUGUUUGAUAUUCAUAAGGCGUGUAAGAGCCAGACUCCUGCAGAAAGACCCACUGCUCGGGAAAUUCUAGACACUUAUGAGAAGGUUUUGAAUCUGCUCAGAGAAACUGUGAUGUCCCAGACAAGAGAAAUGCUAUGAAAACCAUUCAGUCAGUGAAGAAUGGGUUUCAAAGAAUAAAUGGAAUCAUUAUAGCAAUUCUUACUCUAAUGGUGAGUUUUUUGCUGUUCAGUGUGUGGUUCUUCCUCUGUAUCCACAUCCACAUGCACGUGUGAGCGUUGCUUAUCCCCUGGUGGGACCUGGGCAGAUGCCUCACCUUCUCACACUGAUCACUCCUGCUGAACUUGAGAAGCAGUGGAUCUAGCCAUAUCUGAAGGAGGUAACAAAAAUGUCACCACAUAGGGGCUUCACCUGCCCUAAUUACUGAAUUUGUAAACUUGUAAGAAACAUAUAAAGAAAAGAUCCGUAAAUGGCAGGAUAUGAAAGAAAUGUACAGUGGUUUUCCAAAGAAGUUUUUUUCCUCAUUUUUUUAGAUAAUAGUCAACAUUACCAGGGUCAUGGGAGUAUUUGUGGCCUGUCAACAUUCACAUGGUGUUGGUGAGGCCAUCUUUACUGUUUUAAAUGAUUGUUUAAAUGUUUAAUGAAUGUGAAGCUCUUGUGCCAUCCUCUUUCCAAAAAUCUAAAGGAGAACUAUGAUAUCUUGCUCUUUGAAAUUUUGAAUGGGCAAGGAAUAUUUAGAACAGCAAGUAUGAGGGAAAUUGUAUUUAUGUUACUGCCUUGGAUGGUGUUUGUGAAAUUCCUAUUUACCUUCCAGCUAGGUUUUCUGUGUCCAAAAUAAAUUAUUGUGAACAGUUUA